GCUGCGGGGCUGGGGCGUUAGCUGCGUCCCGGCUCGGAGCCCGCGAAGAGGACAAGGAAGCAGGCGCCUCUGUGGCCGCGGCCGCAGUGCUCCGGGCGCUACAAGCCAUGAGCAGCGUCCCCACGGGCGACCCCGUCGUCGCUGGCUGCUACUGAACCGGUCCGGGAGACAGCUCGGCGCUCCCCAGCACCCUCCACAGCGGACACCCUUGCGCCCAGAGCUUUCCCCAUAAUAUGAGUGCAAUAAACAGAGCAACCUACUGUUGACCUAAUUAAGGAAACAAGGAACAAGCCAAUUAAAACCACUUAUUUCUAGCAUCCUUUUGCUUGUGAGUGCCACAUCCUGGGUCAUAAGGAGAGGAAGCAAACCUUUGGUGCUACCUGUGAGUGCCACAUCCUGGGUCAUAAGGAGAGGAAGCAAACCUUUGGUGCUACCUGGGAGCUCUCUAAAACAUGAUUCCGGUGACAGAAUUCCGGCAGUUCUCUGAGCAGCAGCCUGCCUUCCGGGUGCUGAAGCCAUGGUGGGAUGUGUUUACUGAUUACCUCUCGGUGGCCAUGCUGAUGAUCGGCGUGUUUGGGUGUACUUUACAGGUCAUGCAGGACAAGAUCAUCUGCCUUCCGAAAAGAGUGCAGCCUUCUCAGAACCAUUCUUCUGUUUCGAAUGUCUCUCAAGGAGUUGCCAGUACCACCCCACUGCCUCCACCUAAACCAUCUGCUACUAACCCCGCCACUGUGGAAAUGAAAGGACUGAAGACAGAUUUGGACCUUCAGCAGUACAGUUUUAUAAACCAGAUAUGUUAUGAGCGAGCCCUCCAUUGGUAUGCCAAGUAUUUCCCUUACCUUGUCCUCAUCCAUACCCUGGUCUUCAUGCUCUGCAGUAACUUUUGGUUCAAAUUUCCUGGAUCCAGCUCCAAAAUAGAACAUUUCAUCUCAAUCCUGGGGAAGUGUUUUGACUCCCCCUGGACCACACGGGCUUUGUCUGAAGUAUCUGGAGAGGACUCAGAAGAAAAAGACAACAGGAAGAACAACAUGAGCAGAUCCAACACUACCCAGUCUGGUCCAGAAGGCAGCCUGGUCAACUCUCAGUCUUUAAAAUCAAUCCCCGAGAAGUUUGUGGUUGACAAAUCCACUGCAGGGGCCCUGGAUAAAAAGGAAGGUGAGCAAGCCAAGGCCUUAUUUGAGAAGGUGAAGAAGUUCAGGCUGCAUGUGGAAGAAGGUGAUAUCCUGUACGCCAUGUAUGUUCGCCAGACUGUGCUUAAGGUUAUAAAAUUCCUGAUCAUCAUUGCCUAUAACAGUGCUCUGGUUUCCAAAGUCCAAUUCACUGUGGACUGUAAUGUUGACAUCCAGGACAUGACUGGAUAUAAAAACUUUUCUUGCAAUCAUACCAUGGCACACUUGUUCUCAAAACUUUCCUUUUGCUACCUGUGCUUUGUCAGUAUUUAUGGAUUGACGUGCCUUUAUACUUUAUACUGGCUCUUCUACCGUUCUCUAAGGGAAUAUUCUUUUGAGUAUGUCCGGCAGGAGACUGGAAUUGAUGAUAUUCCAGAUGUGAAAAAUGACUUUGCUUUUAUGCUUCAUAUGAUAGAUCAGUAUGACCCUCUGUAUUCUAAGAGAUUUGCAGUGUUUCUAUCUGAAGUCAGUGAGAACAAAUUAAAGCAGCUGAACUUAAAUAACGAGUGGACUCCUGAUAAACUGAGGCAGAAGCUACAGACAAACGCCCAUAACCGACUGGAACUGCCUCUUAUCAUGCUCUCUGGCCUCCCAGACACUGUUUUUGAAAUUACAGAGUUACAGUCUCUAAAACUUGAAAUCAUUAAGAAUGUAAUGAUACCAGCCACAAUUGCGCAGCUAGACAAUCUCCAAGAGCUCUCUCUACACCAGUGCUCUGUCAAAAUCCACAGUGCGGCUUUAUCUUUCCUGAAGGAGAACCUGAAAGUCUUGAGCGUCAAGUUUGAUGACAUGAGGGAACUGCCCCUCUGGAUGUAUGGACUCCGGAAUCUGGAAGAGCUCUACCUAGUCGGUUCUCUGAGUCAUGAUAUUUCCAAAAAUGUCACCCUUGAGUCUCUGCGGGAUCUCAAAAGCCUUAAAAUUCUCUCCAUCAAAAGCAAUGUAUCCAAAAUCCCUCAGGCGGUGGUUGAUGUUUCCAGCCAUCUCCAGAAGAUGUGCAUACAUAACGAUGGCACCAAGCUGGUGAUGCUCAACAACUUGAAGAAGAUGGCCAAUCUGACGGAGCUAGAACUGGUCCACUGUGACCUGGAGCGAAUUCCCCACGCUGUGUUCAGCCUGCUGAGCCUCCAGGAACUGGACCUGAAGGAAAAUAAUCUGAAGUCAAUAGAAGAAAUUGUUAGCUUUCAGCACUUAAGAAAAUUGACAGUGCUAAAACUGUGGCAUAACAGCAUCACCUAUAUCCCAGAGCAUAUAAAGAAACUCACCAGCCUGGAGCGUCUGUCUUUUAGUCACAAUAAAAUAGAGGUGCUGCCUUCCCACCUCUUCCUAUGCAACAAAAUCCGAUACUUGGACUUAUCGUACAAUGACAUUCGAUUUAUCCCACCUGAAAUAGGAGUUCUACAAAGUUUACAGUAUUUUUCCAUCACCUGUAACAAAGUAGAGAGCCUCCCAGAUGAACUCUACUUCUGUAAGAAACUGAAAACUCUAAAGAUUGGGAAAAACAGCCUAUCAGUACUUUCACCGAAAAUAGGAAAUUUACUGUUUCUUUCCUACUUGGAUGUUAAAGGCAAUCACUUUGAAAUCCUCCCUCCUGAACUGGGUGACUGUCGGGCUCUGAAGCGAGCUGGUUUAGUUGUCGAAGACGCUCUGUUUGAAACUCUGCCUUCUGAUGUCCGAGAGCAAAUGAAAACAGAAUAACUUAUUUUUCUUUAAAGUUUGACUGAAACAUGCUACUACCAAAUACAGUAUAAAUAAUUAGGUAGUCUUAAUGCCUUUCCUAUUUUGUUUUUUUUCUUCUUAAUACAAAACAAAAUGUACACAAGAUUGAGUAAGGACUAUGUCUAUUUUUAAUAAAAAUUUACUUGUAUUUUUUUCAGCAUUAAUAUUUUAAGGUUUUAUUUGUCCUGGAACCUAAUAUAUCUAUUGUUUUCUACUGGCAGAAGCAGAUGGGUCCAUCUGGUAUUUUGUUUUUGUUGUUGUUGUUUCAGUCCAUUGUUGUGAAAGGGAGGAAAUUUUGAGUUGCUUGCUUUUUUGGUAUUUUUUUUAAUACAUGAAAAUAUUUUGCCAAGGUCAUUGUUCACUUGUUUACACCUGUACAGGGUCUUAUUUCUGUUUUCAUUGUGUGUUGUAUACCCAGGAAUCUGUGCUAAUUAUUUUAAUACCAGCUGCCCUCUCCAUUGGCCAAGUCCUUCAUUCUACACUGACAACUUCUGCAGAGUGUAAAUUCACAUAAGUGCAUUGUCACAGAGUAUUGUUUUUAAAUCUCCCUCCCCAACAGAACCCUAAAUUAUAUUAUUUCAUACACCUGACUGUUACACUUAUCCUUCAGCAAGGAAUUUGUGAGUGGGUGACGACAGUAGUCUUCAACGGUGGGCAUGCUUGAAUUGAUCAUCUGUAAUUUAACUGAUUUGCAUUUUUACCAACAUUUUAAAAAUAUUUAAAAGCUAUACACAAAGGCUUCCCUCCCCCCUUUAACCUCAAUACUGCUAUGUAGUACUGGUAAACAACCUUAGAGAAACUAGAUUUAUUGUAAUACCCCAGUUGAUAAUUAAAUUUAAAAAUCAUAGAAUUAGAAGCCUGUUUUUUUGAGUAAUUGAAUCAUCUUUGAUAUCUUAAUAGGCGGGUGCGCUGGUUGGAAAAAAUUUCACUACUAAAGCUUUGUUAAAUAGCUAGCUGGUGCACUCCACUCGGGCUCUCUCCCUUCCUCUGGGCAGUGUGGCAGUGAUCAAGUUCUGCCUGUUGCUCAAAAUAACCUACUUCUGUAUUCAUCAGUUUCCCUGAAGACUGGCCAUACUGGGAGCACUAGUGAUGCAAGCUCUGGAGCGCUAUCUGCUCUCUUUGGCUUAAAAUAAGUAUUUCAUCUAAAAUGGCUCCUUUUUUUUUUUUUUUAGGUGAAUAAAUUGCUAAGUGGUUUUUACUUAGCAAUAAUUUCUGCCUGAUGACCAGCAGAACUUUUAUUCAUCUUAGCACAUAAAAUCCAACAUAGUGUGGGUCUUGGGCAAAUUUUUUACUUACUAUUAAGCUGUGUUGAACAAUAAAAUGAGACACACUAUUUGACUUCAAUCCCAGACCAGUACUACUGAUCACAGGGACUUUGGUUUAUGCAUCGAAUCCACAUUGACCUUUUUCAGUGCCCUUGUCUGAUCUAAGAAACUUUCGUGACUUAUGAAAGUAGGAAGAAAAUUUGGGGGUUUCAAAAGGCUGCUUUUAAAAAUUGCCCCUUGAUCCUGGUGAAUUUGCUCAGUGCCACUUUGAAUAACACACAGAAUGGGAAUGUAGGAACAGCUCAACAGAUCCAUGCACCUCAAUCAUGUUUUAAGUUUUUGUGGCACAUUGUUGGGUGAAGGAUUAGGGAAAGACGUGCUUUUCAUUUGCUUAAUAACCUAAUUAUGUUGACCAAAGUGCUUCACAGUUUUGUUCAGUGUUAAACUUUUAAAAUGAUGGUUUUCCAUAGCUCAUGUAUUUAGGCCUGAAAUGAAAUAGUAACGAUAAGUUUUGCAAUAGUAACGUGGCCCCAUUUCUUGUAUGAUAAAAUAUUCAAUUCCAGAAUAUUGUUGGGGUCCUGAUUAUGAACAAUGUGUUGUAUUUAGAAACAUAACCCUGUCUGUUUUAAAUAAACACAAACAAAAACUUAGCAUAUUGUCCAUGGUUGAACAUGGCAAGCAUGACCUGUUGAAAUGUAAGCUGAGGCAGCUGCUGGUAAAUACACUGGGUGCACUCUUUUUCUGGAUAAAAUUUAUAGUUAUUUUCUAUAUCACCCUUCAAAAGGGAUCUAUUCAGGUUAAAAUCAUAUUUAUGCUGAAGCCUUUAUCUCACAUUAAUAGAUAAUCUCAUAUGGGCUCAUAACUGAGAUGGAUUACUAAUAACUAGCUUUUAUCACUUGUAGCAAUUUGCUCAAAACUCCAAAAGAAUUUGACUUGUUUUCUUAAUGAUUUCACAGGCUGACCUCCAACCUAGGUUUUAAAUACCAUCCAGUAAAUCAAUACAGUUCUAGGACUUUAUAUGUUAACUAAAAAAGAAAAUUCAUAGAUGUUUCUAUUCGAUUUUAUAAAAAUUCAAAAGUGUCAAACUUAAUUGAGUCUAAAUUUCCUGACUCUGGCCCUUUUUAAUGUUGUACUUAUUUGUGCACACUCUUAAGUAAAAAGCGUUUGAUUACUGCUUAGCCUUUAAAUGGAACACUCAGGUAAAUGAACUGCUGACUUUUCUAACAUCCUUUAACCGACCUGCUAAGUGUAUAGGGGGUAUUUACUUAAUCACGUUCUGUAUUUUACAAGUGCUCUUGCUUAAAAGAAACAACUCCCUCUGUUUCUCCAGCCUUUAUAAGAUUCAUGAGAAACUGCUUCUGUAAAUACAAAAGCACCAUCUUUAUUCAUAGCUCCUAUGGCUAUUGCUGGAAACCCUGGUGGCGUAGUAGUUAAGUGCUACGGCUGCUAACCAAAGGGUCAGCAGUUCAAAUCCGCCAGGCACUCCUUGGAAACUCUAUGGGGUAGUUCUACUCUGUCCUACAGGGUUGCUAUGAGUCGGAAUCGACUCGAAGGCACUGGGUUUUGGGUUUUAUGGCUAUUGGCAGCUCAUGCUGAGUAAGCUUUUUUGGUCAGUUUUAAUGGUUAUAUGUAGAAGAAGCAAUUGUCUGGUGAUGGUCUGGUUGAAAUGGAGUAUAUAAGUAUAUCCCAAUAGAACUGACCUAAGCAGUUCAUAUCUCAGAAAAUUAGUGCAGUUUCUUGUUACGUGAUGCAGGUUUUGUUUUGUUUUUAACCCAGCACCACCAAUAUAGAGGUUCUUGAUACAGUCAAACCUGGUAUUUACAAGUAUAAAAUAUUUUUAUUGCUCAUCUGCCCUUUCCCGUCAUUAAGUUUCCCGUGUAGCCAUUUGACGUGGCAUCCUGUGCAGCAGGCAUAGCUUUUGCAGAAAGGCUUGGAAAAUAUAACUACUGAGAGGAUUUUAUUCCUUUAGAGGUGCCUCUUUACCUGGCUCUCCAUCUGUCUUUGCAGAGAGGAGUUUCAAUAACCCAAAAUCUCCUCUGCGUUACCUGGAACGAGGGAAGUCUAAGUUCUUGCAAUAUGCUAUCUUAUUGCUGAUAUCAAGACACAGAAAAUAAAAUUUGUAUCUCUUGUUACCAUUUCCCCUAAAAGCAGUUUUUUCAUUGCUUAUUUUCCUAAUUCUACUAUAAGAAAAGUCCAUUCUUUACGUAGUCUAUUUUACUCUCUAACCUAAUUUCAUACCAAAAACCUGCUAAAUGGUAAUAAUGUAUUUAUUUAAAAGGCGAACAUUCAUGAUCCAUUGUCAUGGAAACUGUCAGCAGUCCUUAGUAGUGAACAAAUAAGAUAAAUUUUGUUUUUAGAGACCGAGAGUCAACUAACAUUCUCUCUUUAUCCUGAAGGUGAUAAUGCCAUUAAUACAGCUCAUAUUUUUGGUAGGAUCUCAGUAACUCAGGGUAGAGUUCCAUAUUAACCUUCCAAAAGAAAUUUGCAAAAUAGCACAAUUGUUGGCAAGGGGAUUGCUUCAGGGUCUAUAGGACUUUCUCAUCUUGUCUAUUCAGAAACAUUGUAAGAAAAUUUGGACAGGCUCAACCAGACCUGCCAUUGAUUUUUCAAACUUAGGCCUCAAUGAUGUGCUUCUGAUCCAAUUUCAUGCCAGCCUUCCAAAGCAGACAUCCACUCUCCCUCCACCUUGCAGAGCUUUUCAUUAAUAAAGGUGACAUCCUUAAGUUCAUUUGGAGAGGGAAGGGUCUCUCCCAUCUCCCACCUCCUCCCUCCCCACCCAGGGAAUUUUUUUUAUCAGAAGACCUUGAAAAGGGGUAUAUAACUUCGGACAACUUAAUUUCUUGGUCAAGUUAAAUAACAGCUUCUAUGCUUGGUUUUUAAUGUGGUAUAAAUUUGCUCCUUCUGAACACCUCCCUCUUCCCUACCUGAUUCUGCCUCUUUGCUGCUUGCUUUCUCUCACCAUCUGUACAUGUUCAGAUUGUGUCAAAUGCUGGCAAAACCUCUACGACUGUCAAGAAAAUGGUUGAAAGUUGAUUGUCUUCAUGUAAAUUCACGAUAAAAAGUGUUGUUAUUGGGCUAUGUAGUACAUAGGAAGAGAAAAUAACUUAAAUAAAGUCAUUUUUGUAAUUUAACGUUGAGAUCUGUCCCUUUCUUAUUUGUUUUUAGAAGCCAUGUUUGUCGUUGCAUUUCUUAAACCGUCACAAAGGCUCCCUGUGCUCUGCAGGAAAUAGGCUGCUGGGUGUCUACCAUGCAUUCUUUCACUUUGUGUUGAGCUGGUUUCUGCAAUUGUGACUAAUUAUUUCCUUCCUUAAUUCACUGUACCGCAUCUACCUAAGAUGCCCCGGGAGUUUCAUUUGGGUAAUUAGUGCCUUAAUAUGUAAUCUGGAGUGCAAUUUCUGUGCAUUUGCCAGAUCAGAUUGCACACUGGCUGUCCAGCCCAGCUUUCAGUAAAUACUUUUAUGGUAAUAACUGUGGUUACUUAAAGGAAUCAGUGUGGUUCUGCACAGCUAGGCGGCCUCCCAUAAUUAACCAGCUUCAUUCACUGCGAGUUUAGGGAAGCCCACUGCAAGAAAACUUUAUGUACCACUGAUGCAUAAGAAAAUCGUGAUCAGCAACUUUCUAAGUUAAAUGGUUACCUUACGUAUUUGUCUGUAUUUAUUUAUGACCCGUUUAUUUUACUGAUGGUCAACUCUUUGGAGAAAAAUGGCUAUUGAGGUGAGGAGGGUUGGAGAGUGUGGUGAUAGAAACCGUGUGAAUGUGAGUAUCAGGAACUUAGAGGAGAUCUCUGAAGAAAUUUUGGAGACAAGAGCUAGGAAAUGCAACAGAUUAGAGACAUCUGGCAAUUUCAGCACAAUUUGCUGAUAAGAAAAAGGCUGUGUCCACUGCCACCCUCUCCUAUCCCAUCUUCCGGUCCUGUUAUUAACUCAGAAUAUUGACACAAACGCUGAAAUUAAAUAAAUGUAUCCAGUUAUUUGUUAUCGUUUGUGUCAUGGAUUGAAUUUUGUCCCCUAAAAAUAUGUGUCAACUUGGUUAGGCUAUGAUUCCCAGUAUUGUGUGGUUGUCCUCCAUUUUGUGAUUGUAAAUUUAUGUUAAAGAGGAUUAGUGUGGGAUUGUAACACCCUUACCCUGGUCACAUCCCUGGUCCAAUGCAAAAGGAGUUUUCCCUGAGGUGUGGCCUGCACCACCUUUUAUCUCUCAAGAGAUAAAAAGGAAAGGGAAGCAAGCAGAGAAGGGGGACCUCAUACUACCAAGAAGGCAGUGCUGGGAGCAGAGCGUGUCCUUUGGACCCAGGGUCCUUGCGCAGAGAAGCUCCUAGUCCAGGGGAAGAUUGAUGAGAAGGCUGACAGAGAGAUAAAGCCUUCCCCUGGAGCUGACACCCUGAAUUUGGGCUUUUAGCCUACUUCACUGUGAAGAAAUAAAUUUCUCUUUGUUAAAGCUAUCCACUUGUGGUAUUUCUGUUACAGUAGCACUAGAUGACUAAGACAGUUGGCUAGCAAGAUAUGAGCAUUUUGGGUUUGGUGGAAGAGACAUGAAGAAUAUGAAGGAAGUCAUUUAAGUCAAUUUGUGACUCACAGCGGUACUGGCACAAGGCCUGCAUAAUUCUGAAUGUAAGUUUGUAUCUCAUCUAAAAUACCCAGGUAGGAAAAAAGUGAAAAACUAUUCAUAAGCUGCAUUAUUUCUUGUGUACGUCUUUGAAUACAGGUUGUACUUCAGAUUUCAUAUUUAAACAUAAUUGAAAAAAGCAACGUGUGAAUAAACAUUUAUAUGAUGAGGCAUUCCACAAAUGUUAUUUAGUACUUUCAAACUAUUUGAAUAUUUUGCAUGAAAGAUAUGGGAUUAGGCAAAGGUAUUAUUACCAAAUGCCUAAGAUGAGCUGGCCCAUUUCGAUUAUUUUGAUUCAGGAGUUCUUCUGUUAUAAAAUUUGGGAACAAGCUGAAGAUGGACUUUCUCUUUAGUAUAUUUUUUAGUUCUUUGGGGAAUUAAUUUUAUUUCAACUCAAACUGCAUCUAAACAUCCACCCUAAAAAAAAAAAAAAAAAAAGGUUGGCUCAAUUCUUAUUACUAUUCUCAGAAAACAUACACCUUAAGAAAACUGACAUAAAAGAGGCAAUGUGUAAAUUUUGCAUUUUAUAUCUUCUCCAUGGCUCUCACAAGAGAAAAAAAUCAACUUCUCAGCAGUGAUUUUUUUUGUGUGUGAAAAUACACAACAAAAUACACACUCAUUCAACAAUUUUUACACGUACAGUUCAGUCACAAUGGUUACAUUUUUUCACUUUGUGCCACCAUUCUCACUGUCUGCCCAUAUUGCUUUAAUACUAUUAAUUUAGACUUUAUGCCUAUUAAAGUUCUCAACUGUGCUUUAGAGUUACUGUUGUCAAUUUGAUCUCCUGUAGAUAAUUCUUCAAAACAACACAAUGCUCAAGGCAAACAUUCUUUAUUAAUUGAGCUAAAGUGUUGUUUAAAGACCACUUCAUGGGGGUAGUUUUGGUUCAAGGAUUGAAGAUCAUUCACCCAGUCUCAAUGGAUUUAGUAAGACUGGUUUCCAUAAGAAUUUGAAGUUUUGUUCCACAUUUUUGCUCCUUUUGAUCAGGAUCCAUCUACUGAGUUCCUGAUCAAAACAGUCACUAGCAGUAGCUGGCCACCAUCCAUUUCUUCGGGUCUCAUGGCAAAUAGUAGUUCAUGGAGGCAAUUAGGACUGCAGUCCGUUUCCCUCUCUGACUCCUGGGUCUCCUCCUCCCUCUGCUGAUCUGAGGCAAAUAGAGACCAAUUGUAACUUGGGUGGCCACUUGCAAGCUUUUGAGAUCCCAAGCAGUACUCACUGAACUGGGAAAUAGAACAGACACUCUAAAGAUAACAUUAGGCCAGUUGGCUGGAUAGACCAAUGAAGCCAUGACCCUAAUCCUUUGAACCAAGAAAACUAAUUCCAUGA